GGAGCGCAUGCGCACACCGGAGCAGAAUGUUGAGCAAAACGGACUAGAGCAGAAACGGAAAGACGCGCAAGCAAAUUCAAACAUAUUUUUUCUUUAGCGAAGUGAACAACUGUCGACCUAGAAUAUAACUUAUUAAAAACAUGACGGAGCCCCAGUCAGCACUGUUACUCAGGAGACAGCUAGCAGAACUGAAUAAAAAUCCUGUGGAAGGUUUUUCAGCUGGUUUAAUAGAUGAUAACGACCUCUACAGAUGGGAAGUACUAAUAAUCGGCCCUCCAGAUACACUUUAUGAGGGUGGUGUUUUUAAAGCCCAUCUUACGUUUCCCAAAGACUAUCCUCUCAGGCCUCCUAAAAUGAAGUUCAUAACAGAAAUAUGGCAUCCAAAUGUUGACAAAAAUGGUGAUGUAUGUAUUUCGAUAUUACACGAGCCGGGGGAGGAUAAAUAUGGUUAUGAGAAACCAGAAGAGCGCUGGCUCCCCAUUCACACCGUAGAGACCAUCAUGAUUAGCGUCAUCUCAAUGCUAGCUGACCCCAAUGGAGAUUCCCCUGCCAAUGUUGAUGCAGCAAAAGAGUGGCGGGAAGACAGACAUGGUGAAUUCAAAAGAAAAGUUGCCCGCUGUGUAAGAAAGAGCCAAGAGACUGCCUUCGAGUGAUAUUCAUCUAGCAGCUUGUAGCUUCACUAUUUUCAGGGUCUCCAGUUGAGAAACAACAUGGCACUGUUUUCUUGCACUCUACCACCCUAUUGCUGGACUGGUUUUCAUUGAAUGUUGGCAGUAACAGACUGGCAUUAAUAGGCUGCAAUAGAACAUAAGGCCAUCACAGAUGCUGACAGAACACGCCAAGCAAGUGCCAACAAAAAGAAGAAAAAACCUAAACAAUUAUGCUCUUUUUUUUUUUUUUUUUUUUUUUUUUUUUUUUUUUCUUCUUUUUUUUUUCCAAGUCUACGAACUGAUUCAAAUUUUCAGGAAGAGAUUGUAAAGAUGUGUACAUAGCACAGACAUAAAAACCGGAUAAUAUAUAAUAACUUGUUCCUGUCCAUCCAGCAAGACUUAGUACCAAAUAAAAUAGCAGUUCUGUAGUUAGAGUGUGACAUCAUGUAAAGUUCUUGAAGACUAUAGUUCAUCUCCCACCCUCCCGCUCUGGCUGCCUCGCAUCUAGUGUGCAUCAGAUCCGUUACAGGUGCAAGUGGCCUCACGUACCCACUUGUCAGUGUGAACAAAAGUCUGCUUUGGCAUUUCUCACUCGAACUCGAUCCAGUUUUAGGGUGGGGAAGGCAGGGGUAAGCUAUCGAUAGGAUUCAAAGCAUGCUCGUCAUGAUGGAAGGCUUUCUCAAUCGGGACACUUCAGGUAAAAUAGCUGUAAAGCACGGUCAUUUUCUUAUUAAUUAGGGGUCAUGAAGGUAUUUCUCUGAUUUGGUUUUAAAUGGGGUGGGCGGGGGGAAGGGGAGUGCUCUUAUUUUGGCUUGAAAGGAUGACUGCAUUCUGAGUGUCAGGUUCUCAUCUCUUCUCUUUUGUCGUCCAUUUGAGGCAGGGAGGCAAUGGCAAGGAAACCCAUCAGAUGUGAUUCUUCUUUUUUUUCUGCAUGUUUUAAGUUCUCUUUUGUUUUCAAAAGUGCCUCCAGUUUAAACCGCUUGGCUUACGUGCCCUGCAUCAAACAGGAGCUAAAGGGAGGAACGCGUUUAAGAACUGCUCAACAUCCUCUCGAGCUUGUGUGAAUGUGAGGUUUAUUUUUAUUUUUUUUUUCAUAACCCUUGUACCAGCAUUAUUUUGGUGUAGCAAUAACUCUGCUUUGCCCACAUAAUGUGUGGACGUAUUCAAAUUGGAUAUUGGUGUGCGAUUUCUAGUAAAGAUUCUCCCUUGUAUCAGAGCAGAUUUUUUUUUUGUGGGCUUGACACCUCUUUUGUGUGGUUUCUUUGAUAGGUUUCUUAGCCAUGCUUUAAAUGUAGAUUUCUUGCAAACAGUUACUGGGAUUUCAGAUGAGGUGUGUGUGUGUGUGUGUGUGAGAUUAAGGGUGAUUGAGCAGAGGUGUGUGUGUGUGCAUGCCUGUAUCCCACUCUCUCCUCCCACAAUCUUUAAUUCUCUGGUUAAUUUUAUUCUGGCUCUGACAGACUACUGCAGUUCUUUUGCCUAAUGUACAAAGACAAAAUACCGAUGUAUAUUUUUCAUGUUAUGGAAAUUGUCACCUCUAGUGAGUUCUUCUAAAAUAUAAUUUUUUUCCAAUA